UGUUUUCAUUUCGAUUGCUCUGGUCUGCUCGCGAAUUUUCCAUGGAGUGUUUUGGUUAUCGUAAAAUUCUAGAAUAAGGUUAUUUGCUAUUACAGUGUAAGGUUGUUAACUUCUUCAUUAGCACUUAUGUUCUCGAGAGUUAUUUAUAAACAGUGUAAUACUUUUGAGUAUCUACUAUUUUAAUCAGAUUAUCUAAGUCAUGGAUAUAAAGAGGCCACAUACCACUUUUAUGCCUACAUUUCUUCCUAAUUACAGUAUUCUUACUGAAGAUGUGAAGCAUAUUGCAUAUUGGAAAGCUCUUCUGCGGUCAUAUACAGUAGAUCGGGAACGUGCUCUGCUGUCUUUCCAAAGACGUCUGAAGGAAAGUCAGAAAAAAAUUGAAAUAUGUACUCAGGAGUCUAAUGACAUAGAAUUGCAGCUAAAUACAGUUGAAAUGAAAAUUGCUGAAGCUUUUCAGCUAACACAAGAAGCUGAAGCAGAAGCUUUACAAACAGUUAAAGAGAAUGGAACCAUUAAAAGAAAAAUUAUAGAUCUGAAAAAAGAUCUAGAUGAACAAGGAAGAAUAAUCAAAAGGGCCAAUGAUGCCAUGCAAGCCAUAUCAAAAAGCUGUGUAAGAAGAAAUAAGAAACGAAAAGUAGUACCUGACGAUGGACCUACAUAACCCUAAUCAAACUUAGCGCACAAUGGAUUCUUGUAAAUGGCAACUUUGCUGUGAUAUAAGAAAAUCAUGUGUUCAGGACCUAUCUCUGUAGAAAAAGAAAUCUGUUACAUUUAUUGUUUUACAAAGUCACAUUAAAGCUGGGGAUUUUAUGUGUCAUUAAGAAAACUGUGAAUUAGUUUCAUCUUCAGUGUAAAAAUAAAAAUUUGUUUUGUGAAA